AGCCCCGAGCGCCUCGGACCAAUCCAAAGCGAUUAUGCAAGACGGCGGACCAAUCAGCUCCACCGUCUCAUGAAUAUUCAUAGACUUGGCUGAGUCAAAGCUUUUAGGCGAGUUUGUGUAGAUCUACAGCAUCAUGCUUAGACUUUUCAAAGAGACAAACUCCAUUUUCUUAUGAAUGGAAAGUGAAAAACCCUGUUUCGCUUAAAUUGGGUUCUUUCCUGUCCUGAGAAACACAACAGACCCCAAAAAGGCAAGCUGAAGAGAGAACACACACACAGACCAAGCGACAAGAAAUGACCAUGACUACCAUGCCAGAGAGUCUAAAUAGCCCCGUCUCAGGGAAGGCUGUCUUUAUGGAGUUUGGGCCGCCCAGCCAGCAAAUGUCUCCUUCUCCCAUGUCCCACGGACACUAUUCCAUGCACUGUUUACACUCCGCGGGCCACUCUCAGCCUGACAGCUCGUACAGCACAGCUUCGUCCUUCUCCCGACCGCUGGGCUACCCCUAUGUGAACUCGGUCAGCAGCCACUCGACCAACCCCUACAUCAGUUCAGUGCAGUCCUACCCCAACAGCUCCAGCCUGACUCAGACCCGGUUAGAGGAGACAGGGGCCGAAUCGGAGAAAAGCACUGUGGUAGAAGGAGGGGAAGUUCGCUUUAACGGGAAAGGGAAAAAAAUCCGCAAACCCAGGACUAUUUACUCCAGUUUGCAGCUACAGGCUUUGAACAGGAGGUUCCAGCAGACUCAGUACCUGGCUCUCCCCGAAAGAGCCGAGCUCGCAGCAUCUCUGGGACUCACCCAGACCCAGGUGAAGAUUUGGUUUCAGAACAAGCGCUCCAAAUUCAAGAAGCUGAUGAAGCAAGGAGGGGCCGCCCUGGAGAGCAGCGCCUUGACCAACGGCAGGGCUCUCUCGGGCAGCUCGCCACCCGUGCCUCCAGUGUGGAACACCACCUCCGCCUCCGCCAUUAGGACGCUGCACGGUAGCUCGGUGCAGGAGAGCACAGAUGUGAUGCGGGCCGGUUCCCACCGCUGACAGCUGACGGAGCGGCCCCGAGCACCGCACAACAGCCUGGGAGCAGAGCGAGCGCCGGCCGCGGCUUUGUGGGACAAUCAGAAAAAGAUGUCUGGGGGGCGGGGAAGCCCUCUCCUCUGUCCUGUCUGUCUGUCUGUGUCUGUUGAAAUGUAGGUCAUUUAUUUACUACUCCGAUCUGACCGUUUCUUAAAUUGCAAGGGGGAAGGAAGCUGUACAAUUUACCAGAGCUUCUUUCCCGCGACAUUUUCUGUACCUUUCACUAUCCAUCUGUAUAUUUUUUUGUUGUUGUUAAAAGGGGAAGAUAGGGGGUUUAUUUAUUGAUUUAAAUUACCACUAUGAGAGUGCUAGAAACAAACUCAGCUUGCUGAGUGUACUGCUUGGACGCACAGUUUAAACAAAACCACAGACGGUCCGUCGUCCCGUUCCCCCCCCCUCUCCCCGAAUAAAUCACCGCGAGGGAAGGAUGCGAUUUUAACUUUUACAGUAACUUUUAUACUUCGCUGCUGUAGAAAGUUUUGGUCCGAAUGAUUUGCAUUUCUCGAGUAUUUAACAAAGGAAAUAAAUGCACAUUGUUUGGUACUCUGAAGUGGAAUUGCGGCAGCUGCCGGCGCUUUGCUGAGGUGAAGCAAGGCGCAGAGGACGGAACGAGAGCCCGGAGGGCGGCGGGGGGGACCCACCGGGAGGGCGGGCAGGCGGGCACACCCGCGCAGUCCCGGCGCGGCCUCCCCUCGCAAAGCCGGCCCGAAGGUGAAAUGCACAAAUCGACGUGCAGGAGCUACUCGCUGUACAUAUUUUAUUCUUAAUUAUUAUUAUUAUUGUUCUGUAAACAUGUUGCACAAAUUUAGCCUUUUUUAAUUAUUAUUAUAAUUAUAAUUAUUAUUUCUGUUCUGUUUCGUGUGGCUGUAAAACAUGAUGCUUUGUGUACUGAGAUCUUGACAUUUUACUUGUGAAAUUCGGAAAAUGUGAUAAACUGAGCUCGGCUG